AUGGACGAAGCACACGUCGCCACUCCCCAGGAGGAGCUGGUGAAGUUAUCUAGGGUCGAGCAAGCUCAGCUCAUCCUCGCUCGAUUGAUGGAGGGCGGCCAAGAAGACGAUGAGACUUGCCGAGCUUUGGACAAGCUCACCAAACUACUCAAUGAUGACACUGAGGCCCUGAAAAGGGACAAAACACACGAGCCUAUCGUCGACAUCAUUGACGAUGUCUGCGUUGACACUAUUUUCGGCUAUCUUGACAUGAGGCAGGCCGAAAUUGUACGCGGCCAUGGAACUUUGACUGCUUCUGCCUUCUUCAACGCCGCGGGCGAAAAGGGGUCUGGUGCUUUGCCUCAUUUUUUCUUCGAGCGUAUUAAACGGGGUACCUAUGACGACUAUAUUCUCGCCUUCUGCGUGGCUGCAGCUGUAUUUCCGAUUGUCCCUGGUAUGACAUCGGACAUGUUCUUGACCGAGGGUUUCCUGCCGAGUCUGGGGCCAUUGAUGCGACGGAAGUGGAAGUCGAGAAAGGUGGAGACGGCUUGUCUGGAAAUGCUUAAUGCCGCAUCGAUGAACUCGCAAUGUCGAGAAGCCAUUGUCAAAUACUGCACCGAAUGGCUGGAGGAGAUUGUGGAUCAAGAUCCGGCCGAGCUGGACACUGCUGUCCACCAUGCCGAUGCUGGAGUUGACAUCCAGGGAUCUAUCGCCAUGAAACGCCAUUCCGAGGCAGUACAGAACCUGGCUGCAGUUAUCCUGGCUAAGUUGAGGGCAGUACCAUCGGCACAGGCCUCUACAGCAGCGGCUGGACUGGAAGGGACAAGGAUUCAACCCGCCAUCACCAGCAUCGAGGACCUAUCCAAGAAGUUCACGAACAUGAUACUAACUAAUGCGGAGCAUGAGAGGCAGCACUCGGUGGAAGGUCUGGCAUAUGCAACGAUUCAGCCCACCGUGAAGGAGGAGGUUGCAAACGAUAAACAAGUUCUGCAGAAUCUGGUCAAAAUUCUGGCCCAAUCCCCGCCAAAAUCACCACUCACCUAUGGAACCCUAAGUAUCUUCCUCAAUCUCACUCGCUACCAACCCAACCAGUCGGAGGAGGAGAAAAGGAUAAACCAGCUGAAGGCCUACACAAAUGCGGCUGGCAAACUGGCAGCACCAAAUCCGCUCAACGAUCACUCCCACGUCUCAACGAGAUGCAAAGCCGUCUUCGAGUCGAAUGUUGUGCCUGUGCUAGUGACGCACAGCAGAAACGGCUCCGCUGCCUCCCUUUCGAUCAUAAUCUCCAUCAUCCACGCUUUGGCCGUAACGACGUCCAUACGCGGUCCGUUAGCUCAGCAGGGAGCAGUGAUUCUCCUCAUCGCCGCAUGGACAGCGUUACCUGAGGCGGAAGCGCCCGCCAAACGGACAGCAGCACAGGCUCUGGCACGCAUACUCAUCAGUACGAAUCCGUCACUGGUUUUUGGAGGAACUCGGGCCUGCCCGCAAACAUCAGCAAUUCGACCCCUGGCCUCCAUCAUCCCUCCUGACCCAGCAGCCGAGACCCGUGACCUGCUUCCUUCCUUUGAAACUCUAAUGGCGCUCACAAACCUCGCGUCGACUGAUGAUGACACACGGUCAGCAAUCAUUAGAGCCGCAUGGCCGCAAAUAGAGGACCAACUCCUCUCAUCAAACAACCUGGUUUCAAAGGCCGCCGUGGAACUGAUUUGCAAUUUGGUUCAAAGCCCCUCCGGUAUCGAGCUGUAUGCUGGUUCAGGGGACGCCGCGUCCGAUGGGGCUGCAAGAAAUCGCCUCAAUAUUCUACUUGCGCUUGCGGAUGCCGAGGACGAGGGGACACGAAGUGCAGCCGGGGGAGCGUUGGCCUCCUUGACAUCAUAUGAGCCGGUUAUUAAGAGCAUCUUGAGUCGUGAAAGGUGGGUCCAGGUUGUGCUUGGACUUUGCAGUGAGGACAAUGAGGAUCUGCGACAUAGAGGUGUUUUCGUGGUGUACAACGUGGUCGCAUGUGACGGAGAGACAGGGAAGAAAGCCAUAGAGAUGGUCAAGGCCGAAAACGGCAUCGAGAUACUGAAGGAAUGCGCAAAGAAGACCCGAAGGCCCGAGGUCGUGGAGGUUGCUGUGACGGCUUUGAAGAUUUUACUUGAGAGCUAG